AUGACCUUGCACGAGAUCCUGAAGGACGCUCGACUUGUUGGGCCGGGAAACACCACUUUUGAUGCGUCUAACCUGAAGGAUAAGUACGUUGGGAUCUACUUCAGUGCCAGUUGGUGUCAGCCAUGCAAGGCCUUCACCCCUCAGCUGAUCCAGAUGUACAGCAAACUCAAGAUAGCCGACGGAAAACCUUUCGAAAUCGUCUUCGUAUCAGCUGACCGUAGCCAAGAGGCCUUCGAUUCUUAUUUUGGUCAGAUGCCUUGGUUCGCUGUGGAUUUCCAAGAUGGCAAUGCCAGAAGCACGCUUUCGUCGGCGAUCGGGGUGGAGGGGAUUCCUAAACUCGCCCUGUUUGACACUGAGGGGAGGUUGAUCACAGGAGAAGGUAGGCGUCUUGUGAUGGAUGAUCCCAUGGGAGACAGCUUCCCCUGGACUCAAUAAAUGUUGCUCGAAUUUCUUAUUAAACAACAGUCUGUCUAGU